AUGCCGUCUGUCAGAGUCAAGAGCGGUUACACAUCUUUGGAGGAUCCCGACGAACGUCCACCCUCUACACGGCCACGAGAUCGCUCGCUCUCCGGUAUUUUCACGCCUUCGAGUCCAGUUACCCUGACUCCUCGUGAUACUAUUCGCUCGGAGAUUCGUACUCGUCCACCAUCUGCUAGCUUUCCGAAUGAGGGGAAAGACUCUUCGCUAUCAAGGCGCCCAAGUAAAGUUUCGCAGCAUUGUCUCGCUGGUAGGAGCAGAAGAGCUCAGUCUCUGACAGUUGGAGCGCAAAGCGAGGACAAUGCAUUGUUAUAUCCGUCUGGCCCUGGAAGACGGAGAUCUUCUGCCUCACAACACCGUGGCCGGUCGGAUACGAUAUCCUUACAAGGACAGCAGGCAGAUAUAGUGGUACCAGCAGAUGAUGAAGAUGGACGUAUUGGCAGUGCCCUCAGCGUGUCUCAUUCAGAAUCAUACACGGACUCUUGGUACGGCGAGCAUCAUCCUGACGAUAUUGUGGAACACCUGGAUGUGAUAGACCCUCAGGUUGCUACGGUAUCCACUCUUACAAACGCAGCAAAUGCUAUAGUGAUUCCUCCGUUGUCUUUCUACUCUCGGAAGCCGGUGGUGGUACUAUCUCGAGCGAAGUCUACUGCGACCGAUCACGAACGGGGGGAGAUCCGUCAUGAAGACAGCUUGGACCAGCAUGUUGAAGAUGUCCUCACUAAGCAAGACCAAUUCAGACGGGUGAUGCAGGGAGUGUGGUCUUUCGUGAAGACUCCCCUAGGCAUCGUUACCGCAAUUUAUGGAUUUCUUGUCGUAUUCUGGGGAACCGGCCUCGUACUUUUCUUGGUUAAGAUUAUCAAUCUGCAUAACAGUCAUACCCAAGGAUUUUGGGUGGAGCUGUCUCAGCAGGUGUUGACCAGCCUUUUCUCAAUUACCAGUAUCGGCCUGAUACCCUUUCGAUUGGAGGAUACCUACCGAAUCUAUAAAAUCUGGUAUUACAAGCGGCGAACAAGGCUCCUGCGCAAGAAAGCUGGUCUACCCGAAUUGUAUGACGUGGACGACUUACCUGAUCCUAUCUACGAUGAGAACUACGUUCACGUUCUUUCUGAGGGGGAGCAAAUUGAUCUGCAUUAUCAACAACAUAAAUUUAUGAAGUCGCAGACGUGGUACCGCCCUCACGGUACCCCGACUCAUCGGGCAUUUCCUAUCAGUAUCGCGGUGCUGAUCUGCGUGUUGAACGACUUGAACUCAUUCUUUCAAUGCCUCUUGAGCGCUUGUAUGUGGUCGAUGAAUAGAUUUCAACGACCUGCGUGGACGACGGCCACGACUCUGCCUUUCGCAUUCCUUGCUGGAAUACUCGCGGCUUUCUACAUCUAUUGGGGUGGACGGAAGACCAAGCGGGUCAAGGAGGUGACGGAACGGCUGCGCCUUGCGCUCUCGAUGGACUCCCCGAAAGCGACCGUAGCAUCGGCGGGGGUUAUGUCGAGGAUCCCCGAGGUUGCAGAACAUGCAGAGGCUUCUACUACCGACACGUCGCCCGCGAUGUUGAACCAGAAGACGCGAGCUGUGGAUUUCACCGUUCAGGAAGGCCGGCAGUGGCAUGAAAGGGUCUCCGGCUUGCCAUCUAUUUAUAUCACUGAGGAGAUGACCAUCCCAACUGCAGCAGAGCUAGCAGGCGACUGGAGAUGA